GGCGGCCUCGGUGAGGACGGUUGGGAGGUUUCAACCUCCUGCGAAGCAGUGGAGGAGGAGGAGGCACCCCAUCCUUAGCCUGGGUCCCUGAGACUCUAUGGAUCGUGGAAGUGAGCACACUCCCGUCUUCGACACUUUGAGGCCUUCUGUCAUUCAGCAGAUAGAAAUAAGGACUAUCAAAGGUUUUGGUCAUCAUCCCUGGCAGCACAAGAAAAAGUUACUGCCAUCAUCUUCAGACCCCGUACAUUUCAAAGUGGAUGCUUCUCAUGAAUAUUUAGAAAGUAUGUCAGACUUGGAUGCAGUAAAUAUCAGUGAUCCUUUUCAAGACCUCUCUCACUCAGAUUCACUAUUCGGUAUAGGAGACAGUUCCAUCACUUCAGACCUGCCUCAGAGUGAAACAAAGAAAGUGAAAAGGGAAAAUGAAUGUAUGCACACACACACUGAAGAUAUUUGUAGCACACACGACAACUUGUUAGGUGGUGUCAGCAUUAGAAGUUACUCAGGGGAUGUACAGAAUCAACCAGCUAACAGAAUUUCUUCCUUGAGACAAUUUGAACCCAUUUGCAAAUUUCACUGGAUAGAAGCUUUUCAUGAUGAAAUGACAUUUCAAAACCUGACAAGAGACUUUUCUUACUCAGAAAAGCCAGAAUUCCAAAUCCAAGCAUACAAUGAUGCAGAAGACUCCAGCAUGAAGCAGAAUUGCCUUCAGGAGGAAAAUCCAAUGGAAACUAGCAUUUCUGCAAAUAAAGACCAACUUGUUCAUGAGUGUGUCACAAAAUCUCCCAAGAGCCUAUCUCUAAACUACUACAGUAGAGAGACGCUGAAAUUUACACAAAAGCCACUGGCUAAAAAUACUGCUGGAGACUCUGCCCUCCACCCUAGUCAAUCUCACAUCUUUUUAUAUAAAGAAAGUGUCUGCAGAAAUGGUGAAAGUGCAUUUUACCAUGAUAAUAACUUUGACCUGCUUGACUUGAGAGUUAAUUAUAAAACAGAGGCGACUGAAGUUUCUUCAAAAGAAAUACAGACUUCUAGGGAAAUUUCUGAGAUGCCAGGUAGUCACCAGGAGGAAGUCACAGAGGACGGUGAGGAAAGCCUAGCCAUUACCUCCUCUUGGUCUCCAGCAGGCAUCUUCAAGAGUGAUGGAGCAUCUCAGGAGAACUCCAUGACACCUGGCAUGGAGCAAAACUUUGAAAGCUUCCAGCCUCUGGAAGAGGACAUGGCUUUAAAUGAAAUCUUGCAGAAAUUAAGACAUACUAUCAAAAUGCAGGACAUGCAGAUCCAAGACCUCCAGGGUCAGAACUUGCACUUAGAGAGCAAGGUUAAAGAACUACAGAUGAAGCAGCAACUGUUUGUUGACAACAUAAAUAAACUAAAGGAGAACAUUGAAGAAUUAAUUCAUGACAAAUACAAUGUAAUUCUAGAGAAGAAUGAGAUUAGCAAGAAAUUUCAGGAUUUGCAAGAGAUUUCCGCUAACACCAAAAAACAUCUUCAGGAAUCCAAGAAAGAGAAAGAAACGUUACAGCUACAAGUUAAAAAGAUCAAGGCCAACUGUAUCCGUUUACAGGAACAGUACAUUGCUGAAAUACAGCAGAAGAACAGAGCUGUAAAUCAGUGUGUAGAGAUGGAAAAAACCUUAAGCAAGAAGGAUGAAGAGCUAGCGAGACUGGAACAGGUCAAAGUAGACUUGGAGAAGGCCGCCACUUCUGCCUACCUGUUGAAAAAGGAAAAGGAGAUCCGAGAGCAAGAGUUCUUGUCUCUUCAGGAAAAAUUCCAGAAAUGUGAGAAAGAAAACCUGAAAGAAAGAAGGAAAUUGAAAUCAAGAGUUGAGAAAUUGAUUGCUCAAAUUAAAAACUUGCUAUUCACUUGUGAAAAUAAAAGGGCUAAAAAUACAAAACUUCAGCAGCAGAUUGAUGAACUUCAGCAACAGGUUGCCAAGAGUGAGGAGCAAAACUGCAUCCCUAACUUUGAGAUAGCGCCACUAGCUGAGAAAAUAGAGGAUGUGAUGGAGCCAGAUAUCACCCAGGGUAUAAAGGUGACCCAUUCUAAUUUGAUCCUGAAUUGCUCAUCUUGUGACAAAAGCCUAGAACCUUCACCUGUGAUGAAAACUCCACUGGCUGCUAAAAUUCACAGUCUUCUGACCCUGAUGAUAGGACUUCUCACGUGUCAGGAUAUCACCAUCCCUGAUGCCGAACAUUGCCCGGAAAGUAAAAAAGCUAAUGAUACAAUCCUGCAAAAAUUGAAGAACUUUCAGCUUAAAAAGAGAGAUUUAGAUAAAGAGCUAUUGAAGCACAAAAACAGAAUUGCAAUGCUCAAAGAGUUAAUUGCCAAUGAAAAAUCAUUGCAAGAUCACACUGUUGACGUCCCAGAUUUUGAUGCAGAUGAAGCCAGGAAUGUCAGAGAUGCAUCUCUGCUCCUGGCAGCCAAGCUGGAUAAGUACCACAGUCUAAAUGAAGAGCUUGAUUUCUUGAUCACAAAAUUGGGAAGUCUUUUAGAGAGUGAAGAAGACCACUACAGCAGACUCAUUGAAGAGAAUGACAAGUACCGAAGACAUGUGGGCAGCUUAAUAAAUAAGGUAACAUCAUAUGAAGAAAUUAUUAAAUGUGCUGACCAAAGACUUGAGAUAUCCCAUUCUCAGAUUGCACAUUUGGAAAAGAGAAAUAGACAUUUGGAAGAUAUAAUGAGAUCAUCCACAGAGAAAGCCAGAAAGCCAAGAUCAAGAACAGAAAGUCAUCCAAAGUCCAUGACCUUGUUAGAUCAUCUUGAUGGCCACUAUAAAGAAUGUUCUAUUUCCAUGUGAACCAACAGUAAUGCAUGAUUAAAUAUUCAUUCCUGAA